AUGUUCGCCCCUACUGCUCGCCGCGCCGCGGCCCAGGCCUCCGCUUAUGCGCCCAAGUACACCGUCCCCCGCACCGUCGCCGGUAUGACCCUUGGCACAGCCAUCCAGGCUGGCACCCUUGCUGCUAGCUUCGGUGUUGCCCUUGGCAGCGGUGCUCUCUUCAUCUUCGGCGAGGUUCCCCGUGUCCGCAACGACAUCCUCCGCAAGCUUCCUUUCCUCGAUACCUACUACGACCGCUCCAUCGCCCCCGAGGACAACCCCUUCUAA